AUGGAGAAAUACUUUCAUUCUGUGAAACAGUUGAGAAAGCCAACUCCUGGAUUAUACAAAGAAUACUUGGACCAUGUAAUGGAAAAUACCCAGAGUGAAAAGCCAGGUUCCUCUAACACAGCUCCAGCCAAUCUUUACUGGGCAACCAUGUGGGCAAAAGAUAUCUGGGAUGAAUUUAACCAGUUGAACCAAGAUUAUGAUAAAAUGUUCAAUGACAUUGAGAGGAGUAGGCUAUUGAAAAGAAUACCAUAUGAAAGUGAUGACUAUUGGGAGAAAGUGGAGAAUCAACUUGAAAAGAAAAAAAUCCUGAUUAAGUCAGCCAAAGAUUUAAAACUUGUACUCAAUAGCUUGAAUGAUUAUAUAGAAGUUUCAUUGAAGGAGUGGGCAUGGCGGAAUGAUUUAGACCAAGCAUUCUUUACCAGGGAAUUUGCUUCAGGGAAGAAUUAUAUUCUAUCACUUUUCAUCAUCUGA